ACAAGGAUCACGUGAACUGCCAAGGUUGGAUUUACCGCAGCUCUAAUUUCGGCAUCGGUUUCUAUUACUGCAUCGUUCCGGUGCAUUGCCAACGUAAUUUAAAUGUAAGUUCGCGCUUUGAUCUUGUCACCACUGCUGUCGUCAGUCGCUUCCCUGUGGCAGCGACGUACCGUGGAGCUGUCAACGUUCUGACAUGUCCCUUUCCGUCGGGCGAUUGCUCUGAAGCCGAAUGGCGGAAGUGGGCAAGUUCUCCCGCUGCCCGCUGUGCUACAAGCAGUUCAGCACUUCGGGCAGCCUCUCGAAGCACAAAAAGCGUGUGCACAAGGUUCCUCCGGACCCGGCCAGGUCGAGCACGCCGGGCCGCGAGGUCCGGUGCGGCGAGCGGGGCUGUUCCUUCGUCGCCACGCGACGGGACGACAUGCGCGAUCACCUUGUCGUCGAACACGACUUUGCGCUGGUCGAGGUCCAGGAGCAGUUCGACUCCAUGGCCGAGUUCCGCCAGUGGAUGGACCUUGUGUCCAACGCCAACAGGACCCAGUUUGCGGCGAGGGCCUGCGAUGUGCAAGGAAAGGCGAGCGUCCAUCGCUACGUCUGCCACCGCUCGGGCGCGAGCAACCUCAAGGUGACUGCGCGACAGCGUAGGGUGAAAGUCCAGGGAUCCUGCAAGAUGGGCGGCUGGUGCACGGCGUACCUGAACGCCCGCGAGUGCCUGGUCACGGGUGCCGUGAAGGUGAACGGCUGUCUGACCCACUAUGGCCACGACCUGGACGUGGCGCACCUGCGGAUCUCGACGGCGGAUCGCAGCGCCAUCGUGGAAGAGAUACGCCGCGGCGUCCCCUUCGACCGAAUCCUGGAGACCAUCCGCAGCGACUUCCCGGCCAACUCGAAAGACAUCACGCGGACGCACCUCAUCACUAUGGGCGACAUCCGGAACAUCGCCGUGUCGGAGGGCUUGCUCACCUGGAAGCUCGACGUCGACGACGAGGAGAGCGUCCGCAAGCUGGCCGAGCGCUUCGCGUGCCAGGCCUACAGCCCAAUCCUUCUCUACAAGCCGAUGGGCAGCGUGGCGCAGCCCGAGGCCCGGUCCCUGCGACAGGACGACAUGGUGCUCGUCAUCCAGACGCAGUACCAGCGGGACACGCUGCUCGACGAGACCGGCAGGGCCACCCUGCUCUGCGUCGAGCCCGUGGUCGCGCCGGACUCCAAGUUCACUCUGAUCGCGCUGCUGGCCGCCAACGGGCCGGAGGAGGUGUCGCCCGUCGCCUGGUGCAUUUGCAACGUGGUCACUUCGGCCGUCGUGCAAGCCUUCUACCGGGCCGUCUGCCAGAACAUGCCGGAGCUGAAGCCUCAGUAUCUCAUGUCCGACGACUCUGACUACUACUACUCGGCAUGGUUGGACGCCUCUGGAGCAGACCACAAGCCGCACAAGCUACUCUCGCCGUGGCACAUCACCAAGGCCUGGGCAGAAGCCCUGAACUCGUGCGUCAAGAACCGAGACAAGCGGGCCAGUAUCAGCAAGGCGCUUGACAACAUCAAGUGCCAGGAGCUCGUCGACACAUUCCAAGAUUCUGUGGCAGCCCUAAUGGGGGAGCUGAAACAGGAUGAAGAAACCUCGAGCUUCGCAGAGUUCUUUGAAUCUGCAUAUGCGGAACGCCCCGAACAGUGGGCCCAUUGCUAUGUGAGGGACGUUAACAUUGACUCUGACAUGUUCCAGAAGCUCUUGAAGAGACUUGCCACCCGCAUGAAGGCAAAACGCCUCGACAAGCUCGCCCACACGCUACUGCUGACGUCGGAAUCAAAGCAGUGCGAACACUUCGCCAAGUGCGUGCGGGGUAGGAAUGCCCGCGAGAUGGCUCUGGUCAUCCAGGCACACCAGGUGGCCCUCAGCAUUCCGCCGGAAGACAUCACCCGGCUCGGCGAUGACCGGUGGUCCGUCGAGGACAACGGAGGCGUGUACGAAGUGUCGGAAGUGUUUGCCUGCCGGGACACCAGUUGCCCUCAGCGCUGCAACGAGUGUGAUGUCUGCAUUCACCUCUACGCCUGCACCUGUCCUUGCACAUACAUGUGCAAGCAUAUUCAUGCUUGUGUGGUGCGGGGCCUCCAACAGAACGUGGAGUGCUCCAUCUCUUACGAGCCGACGGAGGUCAUCGAGGAUCCCUGCUGUAAGGUGGAGCAAGUGGAGGAAGUGCAAGAGGUGCCGGAGCCUGCGGGUAGCCAGACUUUCUUCUUCUCCAACCUUCCACCACCGCAGCUCGCGUUGCAGGGCCACCCCAAGAAGUUGGAGAUGAUCCAGGCACUGCACGGCCUCAACGAGACAUGCGUGAAGGCAGCGGAGUUCCUCUCCGAGAGGGAGCUGCCGCUGCCCAACCAGGCGGACUACCUCAUCUCGGCCCUCAAGACCACCAACGCCGUGCUCGAUUCCUUCUACAGGAAGUGCAUGACCCGUGGGCUGGGCAAGCUCAUAGACCACGACUACAGUGGCCUCCCCGGUCUUCUAGAAGAGAGUCCGAUGUCGCAGGGCGAGGAGAACCCUUGAAAAUGGUGGCCUUGUUUUUAUCGGUUAUUGCCUUUGACUGGGAAUAGCAUCCAGCAAUAACACCCUUGAAAGUUCUAGUUGUCCAAUUAUAAGGAAAAUUCUUCACUUUGGGUCAAGACCUGAGUUGCUCCCGUUUUUGGGGUGUCUCCCAACUGAAUUGUGCCCAGUCUUGGUUUCUGCCCGAAAACGGUAAAACGUCGAUCUCGGGGCCCAGCCUUUUCCAGCUGGAUGUUGUUCUACAAGAUGCACUCCAAUCUAGUUACUCUGAGAUUUUUGCGGUGCAAUCCAGGUCAAAAGUACCUGAGUGCAUAAUGCCUUCUUUGAAUAUUGACGUCAGCCCAGAGCCCAAAAAUUUCGAACCUGAGGUGCAUGGCUGCAUUGUGGUGGGUCUUUGCAUUUUCGAGCCAUGUUCCUGUUUGCUGAGAGGGAGAAAUAUAAUUUCAUAAAGGCAAUAUAUCAUGACAGUCUGGUGGUUAACAGUUCUAGUUGAUGAGAAAUUUAAAGUAACAAUAUCGUUAUAGUGAUUGGUGGACAGUGCACUCAGCUGCUUCCUGGAAGGUCAAAGUGUAUGCGACUGGCAAAAGUCGUUGCAAAAUGACUUUCAGGCCGAUGUGCGUUCCUAGAAUGCAUAUUAGUCUGUGAUGCACUAUAAUGUACAUUACAAGUUCAGGAAUCCACGUUAGUCAUUCCUGAACGACUCGCAGACAAAUGUAGGAGUUCCCGUGAAGCAGAAAGAGAAGCAUAGUUUGAAUUUGUUCUGGUUCAUACAUUCGCAAGUUUCUGUGGCAUGGACUUCCUGCAAGAAAUGCAUCUCCCUCAGUUGUCCUACUUUGUGCGUUGUGCUUGAUGGUGCUUCCAUACACCCAAGCUCCCUGUCUUGCUCUAUUUGAGCUCAUGAGAGCCUGAAGCAUCAUAGAGGGCAAUGUACAUAUUGCGAAACUUAGCACAAACAGAACAUCGCCAGUUCCUACCAUUUUUCUUGAAAAGCACAUUGGUGGGAAGUACAUUUUACCGCUUAAAUUAGUGCCUCAAGUGGGCCCCUUCUAACACAGUAGUACCGUAAAAUCGCGAAAGAUAGCCCACCCAACAUCAAGAGCAGAUUGGGUGAAAAUAGGGAGUGGGCUAACUUUCCGUGUACAAUCGAGAAAAGUUAAAAAAUUCCUAUUUUUAGGUCGUACCCUUCCAAGCUUGUUUUGGUGGUGAGGGGCAGUGAAGCAAAGAUGACUGUAAUUCCCAGUUAGCAACGUUUGCUUAUAUCCCGCCAGAGCCGACUAGCUACAUUUAUGCCGAGGCCAUCAUUGAUCCCAACACUACUAUUACUAUGAGUGGGCUCUAUCUUGGUGUUUCAAAAAUAAUAUAUAGCAAAUAAAGCAAAAAAAUAAGGGUGGGCUAUCUUUUGGGGGUGGGGAAUCUCGGAUUUUAGGGUAGUUCUGGCGGCUGUCAUUCAAAUCUAAAAGAAAAAAAAACUGAUAGAAUUUGCAAAUUGUUCGUGCUAGCAGCGUCAUGCAGCAUACUUGCAUUGACCAGGUACAGACAUAACCAAGAACCUGCUUAUAAAGUGCCGGUUGGUUUAGCGCUGAAUAGCUUCUCCUUGCUUUUAGCUUCGAGAGCUUGAUUUUUUUCUCGCAAGAUACCUCCCACUUUUCCUUGUGCUAGAGGGAAUGUUGGCUCAAUGUUUCCCCUGCAAAUUGCGUCAACUGCAAGACAUCCCUACUGUUCAGAUUUGGGGAACAGCUAUGCUGAGUACAAUGAAGUCACUGCCAGUUCAUUAAAUGCAAGGUUUUGUGAA